AUGGGAAGACUUAAUGCAACAUGCAAACACGAAAAUCUCACUGGGAUAUGUAAACGUAAAGACUCGUGCCAAAUCAAUCUAACAAGUGUCAAAUUGGAACCUUGCAAUGGAGGCGAUCCCUCCCUUGUAUGCUGCCCCCUUGAAGAAAUGGCGCCUCCCAACAUGCUGGUUCUAACAGAACAAAACGUGAUAAUUAAUCGCCCUAAACGAACUCCAGGAGAAAAAGCAAACGAAAUGUGUAAGAUUUAUGGAAAGACGGCUUUUAAGCGUGUUCCGAGCCACAGUUUUUUUGGACCAGCGGAAGUCGAAGAAAUUAAUUGUAAAAUACCGGAAACGCUAAUAAAAGGAGGAGAAGAUGCCGGAGAAGACGAGUUCCCACAUAUGGUUCGACUGGGCAACUUCGUGGAAGAUGAUUUGGGCGAAAUAAAUUGGUUUUGUGGAGGCAGUUUAGUGAGUCCGGAAUUUGUUCUUAGUGCAGCUCACUGUCCUUUAUCCAAUGAGGUCUUUACCCACCCAAAUUACAUUGCUGGAAGCAAUGAAAAUGACAUAGCGCUUUUUAAAUUGUCAACUAAACUCAACAUAACCGAAAGCUCCAUUCGACCCAUCUGCCUCGAUACCCAGGGUUCUGUCUUCAAUGCCAUGACGGUGACAGCAACUGGCUUUGGGCUCAACAAAGAGCUGCCGAUUUUCAUCCUCGAAUAUAAAGGAUGGGUCAGCCGCUACAUCAGCCAGCGCAGCUUCUGCCUUCCGUUUGGCCAUCUUCCGAAUAGGUAUUCCAGUGAGGAGCUUCUUUGGAAUUUGGUCAUCAGGUAUUCUAGCCGUAUAGGCCCGCCCAGCGAAGGUGAUUCUGGAGGACCACUUCAAGUUCGUCAUAGCCUUCCGUGCAUGUACACUCAAAUUGGUGUAACAUCUUUCGGUGCCAACUGCUCUCUGACAACAAACCUUCCUGUUUGGGAACUUUUAACUUUUAUUUAUUAUCAACCGAUAUCCCAACAAGUGGUGACCCCAGCAACCAAAAUGUCAGAUUCAGAAAUCGAUACCUCAAAGGCUCCAACCGCAAAAGCUAAUAACGGUGGUAAUCCUCCAUCUACUCAGAACUCUACAGAGGUAUCUUCUUUCAGUGGUGCUUAUAAUCAACUACUAGCAUUUCAUAAAGCCAACCCGAAGGUGUGGUUCGCUCAUGUCGAAGUUGUCUUUUAG